AUGUCACAGAGGGGACCUGCACCUCACUCUACGACGCAAUCACCACCUCGAGCUCCCUUUACUUCCCAGCAUAGUCCGCUAUCUCGAGAUAGUCAAGCGUUCCAAGAUGUUGUCACAACCCCUUCCGCAGCUGGCGAGAGACACUCCCACGCUCCACGGUCCUUGGGCAUCAGAGGGUUGAUUAACCCGUCCGAAGCGCAACAGGAAAGCUCCACUGGCGAGUCAUCACAGCCUCGACCAACUGACAGUCAGACCUCCCCGUACGGCAUGCCUCCGGGGCAAUAUACCACGUCUAGUGAUCGUCAGUAUGCAUUCCAAGGUCGAGGACAUCCUAGUUCUCAGCCCGGUACUCCAGCUGGCCACCCGACAACAACGCCGUUGGGCCACACACCAUCGGAACACUCGCCCAAGAGCGGAUUUCCCUUCCCUCCUAUGGGUGCUCCAAGGCAGAUUCUCAGCCCUCGAGAAGUACGCGCAGCCAGCGUGAGCCAGACUAGCAUGCGAGGCCAUGAGCCAUCACAGACUCCCUUUUUGCCGCCCAACGCGCCGCGACUGAAGCGCCCUUACCCUGGCGAGGAGGGUCCCCAGGAGCCAGUUCGCUCAGCAUCCGGCCUGCCCUUCUCUGGACCACCUUCCCUAGGCCCUCCUUCAGCAGGAAUGGGUACGCUCACAACACCGCCGCGUUCCAUGUCCCAACCCAUGGUUGGACACAUGCAGCCUGGCAACCCCGACCGGCCUCAACUGCCCCCUAUGGCACGAGAUCCUCAUGGUAGACCAACAGAGUUCCAUGGUCAACCAAUGCUACCUCCUGGCCAGAAUUAUCCUCCACCACAGUCACCAGGCGUCCCUGUUUGGUCCACACCUGGUGCCGGAACGUCCUUAUACCAAAGUCUGCGGUCAGAUGUGACGAAGGCGGAGGGUGGCAUGGUAGUCAGGCUACCGGGAGACGAGGGAGGCAUUCUCAUACCUGUGGACGUACAUCAGGCGUCGAAGCAGGCAGACGAGAAGCGCCAACGGAAUGCCGGGGCUUCGGCACGUUUCAGACAGAGGAAGAAGGAGAGAGACCAGGAACAGACUGCCAGUCUGCAAAAGUUGGAACAGCGUGGACGUGACCUGGAGGCGAGAGUGCGGGAGUUGGCUCGGGAGAGGGACUUUUACCGGGACGAGCGCAACCGUCUUCGCGAUGUGGUUCUUCGAACGCCUCUCAGCGACAUGGCGAACGGACCUCCGAGCCCAACGUCGUCGAGAAGCGGAGGAUCUAUGGCGGAGACCAGCCCCAUGGCGCAAGCUCCGAUGCUGCCCCAUCAGUCUCAGGGCUACGCAUCGAGCGAGGCAUCUUCGGUAGAACGACCGACGCGUAGGCGUAGGACCGACUCGGCUCCCCCUCCAGAGUUCUCGAUGCCUUCGUAUGGCACUCCGAUCCCUCAAGCUGGAAAUCUGCCGCCCAUGCAGGCUCCGGCGUAUGGCAUGAUGCCGCAGAGACCCCCGUCUACGGCGCCGGGCGGAGAGCGACUACCACCUCUUCGCGGCAUGGAAGGCCCUUACCCUGGCCAGGAAUCGGGACCGGGCGUGCCUGCCGGCGGUCCCUUGUAUCCCAGUUACACGCGUGUUCCUCACGAGACGGGAUUCGCGAGCAGAUCAGCUGGUCCGCCACCGCCCGGUCAUCAUGGGCAUCAUCAUCAUGUCCAUGAGGGUGGCCCGCGGUAG